AUGUUUAAACUCUUUCUACCCCGUUCGAGAGGCGCUACCACAGUUUGGAGAUGUGGUGACUGGUUUUACUCAACAUACAAAUCUACGAGUUCUGGAUCACUACGAGAUGUCCUCGAAGAAGCCAUCACAAAGCACCGUGAAGUUGUAGCAUCUUUUCGCAAGGAACAUGGUUCCAAGAAAGUCGGAGAGGUCACAGUUGAUAUGAUGUAUGGUGGUAUGCGAGGUGUUAAAGGACUAGUAACGGAAACUUCGGUCCUUGAUCCGGAUGAGGGCAUACGGUUUCGUGGUUACACUAUUAAAGAUUGCCAAGAGCUACUUCCAAAAGCACCAGGAGGCAAAGAGCCGCUUCCUGAAGGCAUACUCUUUUUGCUUCUAACUGGCCAAAUUCCUUCCGAAGAACAAGUUAAGUCCGUUUCCAAGGACUUAGUCGCCAGAGCUUCUUUACCAAGUCAUGUUCUAAAAAUAAUGAAAAGCUUCCCUACUACAAUGCAUCCCAUGAGUCAACUCGUGUCUGCCACAGCUGCCCUCAAUUCGGAGUCAAAAUUUGUGGCUGCUUACAACAAGGGUGUCAGCAAGAGCACUUACUGGGAGUACGUCUAUGAGGACUCCAUGGAUCUGAUAGCCAAGCUUCCCACAGUAGCGGCGACAAUUUACAACAGUUCUUUCCGUGAUGGAAAAAGUGCGGAAGUUAUGGAUCCAAGUGCAGAUUGGUCAAAGAAUUUUGCACACAUGAUGGGCUAUAAAGAUCCCCUUUUCGUAGAGCUUCUUCGCCUCUAUUUGACGAUCCAUUGUGAUCAUGAGGGUGGGAAUGUCAGUGCUCACACCUGUCAUUUGGUUGGGAGCGCUCUUUCUGAUCCUUAUCUUAGCUUUGCUGCAUCAAUGUGCGGUCUGGCCGGUCCGCUUCACGGGCUCGCGAACCAGGAAGUCCUCACGUGGAUUAUGGAUCUGGUUAAGAGCAAGGGUAUGUCACCUUCAGAUGACGAAGUACUCCAGUAUAUUAAGACUACGCUGGAAAGUGGGAGGGUUGUACCUGGUUACGGUCACGCGGUGCUUCGAAAGACCGAUCCCCGCUAUACGUGUCAACGAGACUUUGCUUUGACUCACAUGCCUGAUGAUCCUCUCAUCAAGAUUGUCGCUCAGUGCUUCAAGCUUGUGCCCCCCUAUCUUGAAAGCCUGGGCAAAGUUAAAAAUCCAUGGCCCAACGUUGAUGCCCAUUCUGGCGUGCUUCUUCAGCACUUUGGAAUGAAGGAGAUGAGCUUCUAUACGGUCCUCUUUGGAGUAUCGCGCGCUCUCGGUGUGUGCUCAUCGCUCGUCUGGGAUCGCGCUCUAGGUCUCCCAAUCGAGCGUCCCAAGUCGUUAAGUACCGAUGGUCUGCGCACUCUCGUCAAGGCCACUUGA